AUGUCGCCUCAAAAGGGCCGAGCACGCGUGGCUUGCAAGCUUUGCAACCUGCGUCGGGUGAAAUGCGAUCGAACUAGUGAUAGUGCUUGCUCUAAUUGUCAAUUGGCAGGCACGGCCUGUGAGUUGAUCAAUUCGCGGCGAGGAAGAACGGCAAGUCGGCGAGUGGAGGAUUUGUCUCGUGCCUCGCCAGCUGGAAGUCGACGAUCUCCUACUGCCUUGGAACGGCUUCAUCCCGCUGAUCUGCUCCAAAGCCCUCGCACGGAAAUCGUUGAAUCUCCCGAGAGCGACCGGAGAAACAGUCAUACUCGAUAUGUGAGCCCUUCUCUGACAGAAUUAGCAGUUCAACAGGAUGGUGUGACCAUGCCCGGGAGAGUGGUGUACAUGGGAGACUCAGCCAACUUCAAAUAUGUUCUACACGAAGUGGGAGAUCCAUUCCAGACCGGUCAGCAGCACCGCUUCUGGGGAGACAAUCUGCAGAGAUCUAUGCUGGAAAAAUUAGGUCAAUCUGCUCAAUCCACAAUUCAAAAGAUCCGGGAGGACGAUCAAAAGCACCUUCACACCGCUGGCGUCUUCCGCACACCCAGCAAGCAGAUCAGCGACGCGCUUGUUGAUAGUUUCUGGAAAUAUUCAUACUCGGUUUUUCCUCUUUUUGACUGGGCGCCGUUUUUCGCAGAUUACAGCGCAGGGUCUAUAUCUCCCUUACUUCUAAACGCUGUUUUCAUGGUUGCAGCCUUCCAUUGCCCAGAAUCCACUUUACAUGACGCGGGUUUCUCAUCUCGAUACUUGGCUAGUUUGACGUUCUAUCGGAGGGCAAAAGCGCUGUACGAUAGUGACAACGAAACAGAUGGAGUAACCAUCGUGCAGGCCACUAUCCUUAUGUCCAACUGGUGGGGUGGCCCGAUGGAGCAGAAAGACACUUGGUACUGGCUAGGGGUGGCAGCAAGUUUGGCUCAAUCUUUGGGCAUGCAUCGCUUGUGA